GUGUCAAGCGUCACAGACCAUGUGGUGCUUAAAAUUAAAAACAUUGUAAUAUAAUAUUUAAUAUCUAUUAAGUAGGUAUGACUAUUCUAAAUCGCAUAUUCAGAUUUAGUACGUAUUGAUAUUACUAAAUAUUAAAAUUUUAACUAAUAAGCACUUCAGUAGAAUAUUAAAUACUAUCCUUAGUACCUAUAGUUAAAUAUGGAAGUUGAAAACAUUAGUGUAGAAGAGUUUCUUCCUGCGAAAAAUCCAGUAAAAAUUAAAAAUCUUAAGAGACCAGCCACAACUGAAACCAAGGAUGGCAUGGAGGUUGAGGAGUCAAAUACCCCCGAAGCAAAGACCAAACGUAGCCGAACUAAAAAGCGAUCAAAGAAAAAUGUUGAGCCCAAUGAAAGUAAAGUUAAUAUGAGGAAAGUUCCAGUACCAGCCCACAGAUACACACCAUUAAAAGAAAGUUGGCUAAAAAUAUUUACACCUAUAGUAGAGCACUUAUUAUUACAAGUUCGUUUUAAUACAAAGUCGAGAAAUGUUGAAAUCAGAGUUGGUCCAGAGACUAAAGAUGAAAAUAAUUUACAAAAGGCUGCCGAUUUUGUCAAGGCAUUCAUCUGUGGAUUUGAAGUUGAAGAUGCCCUAGCUCUACUAAGACUUGAUGAUUUGUUUGUUGAAUCAUUUGAGGUGAAAGAUGUGAAAACACUCAAUGGAGACCACUUAGGUAGGGCGAUUGGAAGACUUGCCGGUAAAGCUGGUCGAACUAAAUUCACAAUUGAGAAUGUUACAAAAACUAGGAUAGUACUGGCAGACUCAAAGAUUCACAUUUUAGGUAGUUAUCAGAAUAUUGCGCUGGCUAGAAGGGCUAUUUGUAACCUCAUCAUGGGUUCACCACCAUCAAAGGUGUAUGGAAACUUGAGGAAUGUUGCAAAAAGAGUUGCUGAAAGAUUUUAGCUGUAAAUAAAUAUAUUUAUCUGCA